AUGAUAGGUUUAAACCCAACUACCAAUUCUUCUACGAUGUCUAUACCUUCAACUAGACAGAGGACUCCUGUUACUAAACCCGGGUUUACCUUACACAGCAAUAGUAGCUCAAAUUCAAUUCCCGCACGUAUCAAAGAAGUGGAAGAGGAGGAAGCAAGAAAUAGUGAUUAUGAGAGUGAUAAGAGUAUCGAUGAAGAUCGCAUUGAAAACUUUAAUGAUUUAGUGCAUGGAAGAACUGAAUCAAAAUUAACCCCAUUUGGGGGGUUUUCGAAGCCUGACUUGGAAGAUGGUAUAUUGAAUCAAGAUAAUAUUUUUGAAGAUGCACCAUGGAAAGUCGUAUUGGCAGGUAAAGGGAAUGUGUCUUUGACAAAGGCUGUUAGAAUCGCUGUAGAUGCUGGGGGGAUUAACAAACAUAAGUGGGUAGGCACGUUAGCGAUGCCAAGUGACGUAGUACCAAAAUCAGUCAUAGACGAUAUUUCUACUUCGUUAAGUGAAAACUAUGACUGCGAGGCUGUAUUUCCUAAUGACAUAACAUUUCAAGGUCAUUAUAAGUCAUUUUGCAAGCAAAUUUUGUGGCCAACAUUACAUUAUCAAAUUCCAGAUGAUCCUAAAUCGAAGGCCUUUGAAGACCAUUCGUGGGGACAUUAUAAGUUAUUGAAUCAAUUAGUGGCAGACAAGAUUGUUGAUUUGUAUAAGAAAGAAAAUGGCUCUUCUGAUCCUAACGAUCCCGAUAAUAUUAUUUGGAUUCAUGACUAUCAUUUAUUGUUGGUACCAAAAAUGAUUAGAGAAAAGUUACCCGAGGCCAAAAUUGGUUUAUUUUUGCAUGUUUCUUUCCCUUCUUCUGAAGUAUUCCGUUGUUUUGCCCAAAGAAAGGCUAUUUUGAGUGGAAUGCUAGGUGCUAAUUGCAUUACUUUUCAAACUGAUGAAUAUGUUAGGCAUUUUUGGCAAACCUGCAAUAGACUAUUAUUAGCUGAUGCUAAUGAAUAUGGAAUAACUUAUGAUGGCAAGUUCACAAUGAUUAACACUAUCCCUGUUGGCGUAGAUGCAAAAUCUUUAGAAGAUUUCUUAGGGUCUAAUGAAGUUAAUGAAUGGAGACACUUGAUCAGAGAAAGAUGGUCUAAUAAGAAAUUGAUUGUCAGUAGAGAUAAAUUGGAAAAAUUACGUGGUAUCAAACAAAAGUUAUUAGCUUAUGAAAAAUUCUUACUUAGCAAUCUUGAGUACGUGGAUUCGACUGUAUUAAUUCAAAUUUGUCCGGGUGCAACUCAAGAUGCAAACUAUGAAAGCGAAAUUAUGUCUAUUGUUGGAAGAAUCAAUUCGUUGACCGGUGAUAUUUCUUUUUCGCAACCAGUGGUAUUAUUACAACAGGAUAUCGGAUUUGAGCAAUACGUAGCUUUACAAUGUGAAGCUGAAGUAUUCGUAGUCGCUUCAAUGAGAGAAGGCUUAAAUUUGACUUGUCAUGAGUACAUAAUUGCAACAACGGAAAAGAAAUCUCCAUUGAUGCUCUCCGAAUUCACAGGAUCUUCACCACUUUUGAAUUGUAAUGGAGAAGGGGCUAUUUUAAUUAAUCCAUGGGAUCUCAAAAGAUUUGCAGAAUUAUUCAAAGUGCUGUUAGAUAUGGGAUACGAAGAAAAAGUUAAACGUUGGUCUAAUUGUUACAAGACUAUUUGUAAUCACGAUUCUAGAAACUGGGUUGCAAAUUGUUUACAAGGAAUUAAUGAAGGGUGGGAUUAUGAUCAUAGUAGGAAUUUAAACAAAUUAAUUCCAUUCACAAGGGAUGUAUUUGAUUCAUUUUAUUUCCGCAAUGAUGGAGGUAAAAGAUUAUUCUUCUUAAAUUUGGAUACCCCUUCUGCUAUUGCUUCAGCAAAUGAUCCAAAUUCGAAAUUUCAUAAGCUUUCAUCCAAUUCAGCUGUAGCAGCAGCUGGCAAAAAUGGAGCAUUUUCUGAGCCUUCUAGAUUUGCAAGUUUACUAAAUGAGUUGUUGUCAGAUCCUUUAAAUCAUGUUUAUUUAACCAGUUUUUUGAAAAGGUCAGAUUUAGACACCUUGUACAGUAGAAGCCCAAAUUUGGGUCUCGUUGCUGAGAAUGGAGGCUAUAUAAAGCUUACAGGGUCUGAUAAGUGGAUAUCAAUUAUCGAUGAAUAUGAACUUGAAGGAUGGAUGCCUCAAGUUUCACAGUUAAUUGAAUCAAAAGUGGAAAGGUUGCCUGGCUCCCAUAUAGAGGUAGAAGAUUGUACAAUCAGAUUUCAUCCUGGCAAAUCUUUUGAAGAUGAUCGUGAAAGAAGUUUGUCUGUUUUAGGUGAUUGCAUUCAGCAUAUUAACGAACUUUUCCUGGAUCAAGAUGGUGUUCAUGCAACUUUGAUCAGAAAUGUGCUAAUAGUACAAAAGAAUAAAUUAUCUUUGAAAGCCUUGAAAUUCAUUAUUUCCUAUUAUAAUCAAAAGAAACAAGGAAUCAAAAGCGAAUCUUUGAUAGAACAAUAUCAAGUUAAACAGGUUUCUGGUUCUGCUCCCAGCACGCCAAUCUCUGAAACUGCAAGCUUACCACCUAUUGCAAGUCCUAUUUCUGAAAUCCACAAAAACCAGGUUACUGCAUUAUUUUUAAGUGGUGGUUCCACGCUAAUCGAUGAGCCAGGGUAUGAGUAUGCGAAUAGUUUAGAGAGAUCCGGUGAGAUACCAGAGGUGUUAACGGUUACUGUACUCAGUGCAGACUCUAGAACUUCGGCAACUUAUAGUGUUUCUGGAAAAAACGAAUUAUUAGGAAUAUUGUCAAAACCAGUAAAUGACCCAUAUAAGAGCCACACUGCAUAG